UUCCCCUCCACUCUCUCUCCUUAUAUUCUCCCUUCCAUACACAAGCCACACACCCUCUCUCUCUCUCUCUCUUGUAUGCCACACACCCUCUCUCUCUCUCUCUCUCUCAAGCUUCUCUGCUUCCAUGGCUUGCAGCUUUGGAUUCCAUUUUCGGAUUCUGCUGCUGGUUUUUCUGCUAAUGAAAGCAAGUGUUAUAACUGUUAAUGGCGAUGCGUUGGUGACUGGUUCAGUCUUCUGUGAUCAGUGUAAGGAUGGCUCUCGUGGUCUCUUUGAUUAUCCUCUGUCUGGGGCCAGGGUGGCGGUUUCGUGCGGCGACCAAUACAGGGAGGAGAGCUCCAACAUUCUGGGAACUUACUCGGUCCGGUUCAACGGUAACCCGGACCUGGGCGGGUGCUUGGCUCGGGUGGUGCGAGGGCCGGAUAACUGUUCGGUGGCUUCUGGCCCCGCCCAGAGCCUUAAGUUUAUUUUUCGAAUGUUUGAUAUGGAGGCUUAUUCUGUUGACCCGUUACUGGCCCAGCCCAGUAAGGUAAUGGAUUUCUGCUCGCAUGCCGGGACCCCGGCGAAAUCCCGGCCAUCGCCGCCGGCGAUCCCAUUUGUGGAAGCUUCCGCUUGCUCUUACGACAAAUGGUUAAUGCCAGCAUACAAAUGCUACUGGAAGAUGGUGUCGCCGGAGACGCCGGUGGCCGUAGUUUUCGGACCCGUGGCUGCUGGAAAAUACGGCACCGAUAUGAGCCUAUGGACCGCUCUCCAUGGCCGCGGAGACGUAUACCGGACACUCCUACGGGAAGCCACGGCGGCGCUCCUCAACUCUUACAACAGCUUGAGCUUCCCUUAUCCGACACUCAGUGUGAUCAGUCAUAUGAAUUCAGCUCUGCUUGGCUCUCAAAGAGAAGCAUUGAUGACUGCGUUGAGAUUCCGGCGAGCUAACUCCGGCGUUGCCGGCCAUUCAACGGUCGCCUGCAAUUUUACUCCUUGCUCUUGAGGACGGUGCUAUGUUUUUGUUUUAUCAUUUUGCUUAUCUACGGAUAUUAUAUAUAUGCAGUAUGCUUAUAGUGUGCUACUUUCUUCAGGCUACGUCUAUGGGUAUUGUUAUUGUUGAGAAGGGAUUUUGAUUUAGGUUAUAAUUAAUAUUGGAUCGUUUUUUACUUGUUUUUUUUACUUUUGUUUAUAGGGAUAAUUAUACGUG